UCAUCAUCAUCAGAGUAAAAACCAUCGGCUUCUACGAGAUGACCAGAAACAGAGAGGAAACAAAACUAAGUUGGGCAGUAGUUGUCUGACAGUUUCGUUUCCCGUCUUAACCAUAACGCUGAGUCGGGAACACACAGUGAAGAAUUUGCUGAGAGUUAGCAGGGUGCCAGUGAGAAAUAUUUCAGGACAACAUGUGAAGAUGACGGAGUGGGAACUGAAGUUGAUGUCACGUCUCUGUAGCUAGAAAACGAGGCGAGUCCGUCCACUGUGUGUGGGACAUUGAAAGACCGACCGAGCUGUGGGACAGUACAGCAGCUACAGCUACUCACAAGACAACAGGCAGAUUGGAUGUUCAUUCAAAGCACCACAUGGCCUGUAUUAUGCUGACAAACAUGGACCCACCCACCUCCAGUCCAACAGCAAAUCACAAUGGCCACCUCGAGCCUACUGCUGAACUCCAGGCCAAGCCAGAAAUGGAUGUCAUCUGCCUCACCAUCCAGCUUUACUCUCAAGGGAAGGCAGGAGGUGAGGAUGGGGCCAAUGAUUCUGAAAGUGUGCUCAUGUUCCCAGCAGGGGAGUACAUAGCAGAGGAACUGUGCAUCAAUGCAGCGAAAGCAUGUGGGAUUGCACCCGUGUACCUCGGCUUGUUUGGCCUGAUGAAUGAGAGCGACCAAAUAUGGUUCCCUCCGAAUCACAUCUUUAAACUAGACCAACCAGCCAGCGAGAAGCUGCUCUUCAGAAUCAGAUACUAUUUUCCAGGCUGGUACAACAAUAGCAAUUCUUUGUAUGCCCACCGCUGUGGUUUGGCCAAAGGGAGGGAAAGCCCUGUGAUGGAUGAUUGUGUCAUGGCUUACCAAUUUUUUCAGUGGCGCAGUGACUUCCUGAAUGGCUGGAUUAAAAUCCCAGUGAGCCACGAGGCCCAGGAGGAGUGUCUGGGCAUAGCAGUGCUGGACAUGAUGAGGCUCGCCAAAGAGAGCGGACAGUCACCUUUGAACAUCUGCAGUGACACCAGCUACAAGUCCUUCCUGCCAAGAUGCAUGCAAGAUCGCAUCAAGGAAUAUAACAUCUUGACCAGAAAGAGGAUCCGCUACCGCUUCAAGAAAUUCAUCCAGCAGUUCAGUGAAUGUAAGGCCACAGUGUCUAACCUGAGGCUCAAAUACCUGAUGAGCCUGGAGAUGCUGCUGCCCUCCCUCUACUCUGAGCGCUUCAAAGUCACAGACCUCUCAGCAAAGGAGGUUACCAUCGUCGUCAUGGGCGACAAGGGCAUCCAGUGGUCAGAAGGGAAAGAGGAGAAGGGAGCAGAGGAGGAGCUGAAGACAUACUGUGACUUCCCAGAGAUGAUAGACAUCAGCAUUAAACAGGCCAAUAAGGAAGGCUCUGUGGAGAGUCGGGUAGUGACCCUCACCAGACAGAACAACAAUACCCUGGAACUGGAGUUUCACUCGCUCUCCGUGGCCCUGUCAUUCGUGUCAUUAGUUGACGGGUAUUACAGACUGGUUGCAGACCCUCAUCAUUACCUGUGUAAAGAAGUAGCUUCCCCGAGACUCCUGGAGUGCAUUCAGAGCUACUGCCACGGCCCUGUGUCGAUGGAGUUUACGAUUGGUAAGUUGCGUCGCUCUGGUAACCACCAAGGCUUGUACAUCCUCCGCUGCAGCCCCAGGGACUAUGACAAAUUCUUCAUGUCGUUUGUGGUGGGGUGUGAGGCCAUGGUGGACUACAAGCACUGUCAGAUCUUGAAGACGGAGGCGGGUGAGUUCAUCCUGAGUGGUGCCAAGAGGAGUUUCGGCUCUCUCAGGGAACUCCUCCACUGCUACCAAAAGGAGGCGUUGCGCACUGAUGGAUACACAUUCCAGCUGAUCAGAUGCUGCCCCCCAACCCCCAAAGACAAAUCCAACCUGCUGGUGUGUAGAAAUAACCAAGGAGAAGAGGUUCCACUGUCCCCCUCACUCCACAAACACAACAUCAGCCAGAUGGUGUUCCACAAGAUUCGGAAAGAAGACCUCGUGUUUAAAGAGAGUUUGGGCCAAGGAACGUUCACCAAGAUCUUCUGCGGCGUGAAGAAGGAGUUAAGAGAUUACGGAGAGAUACACCAGAUAGAUGUUGUUAUCAAAAUCCUGGACAAGGCUCAACGCAACUUUUCAGAGUCAUUCUAUGAAGCAGCCAGUAUGAUGAGCCAGCUCUCACACAAACACUUACUCCUCAACUAUGGCAUGUGUGUUUGUGGCGAUGAGAACAUGAUGGUGCAGGAGUACGGUAAAUUUGGGUCUCUGGACACCUACCUAAAAAAGAAUAAAAGCUGUGUUAACAUCACCUGGAAGCUGGAAGUGGCCAAGCAGCUGGCCUGGGCCAUGCACUACCUGGAGGAUAAGAAUCUCAUCCAUGGAAACAUAUGUGCUAAGAAUGUUCUGUUGAUCAGAGAGGAGGAUAGGAUGAUGGGUAACAUGCCCUUCAUCAAACUCAGUGAUCCGGGAAUCAGAAUCACUGUGCUGCCUCGAGAAGUUCUGGUUGAGCGUAUCCCGUGGAUUUCUCCUGAGUGCAUUGAAAACAGCCAAAACCUGAGUUUAGCCACUGAUAAGUGGGGAUUUGGGACCACUCUUUGGGAGAUCUGCAGUGGUGGAGACAAACCGCUCAGCACCCUGGACUGCUCCAAGAAGAUCUUGUUCUACGAGGACAGGCACCAGCUGCCCGCUCCUAAAUGGACAGAGCUGGCUAAUCUGAUCAACAGCUGUAUGGACUACGAGCCCCUACACCGACCCUCCUUCAGGGCAGUGAUCAGGGAUCUAAACAGCCUCUUCACACCAGACUAUGAGCUGCUGGUAGAGAGUGAUAUGGUGCCCAACAGGACAAGAGGCUCCGGCUUCCCAUGGGCCUCUGAGAGCCGUGAGCCGGCCCAGUUUGAAGAGCGGCACCUCAUCUUCCUGAAGCAGCUAGGCAAAGGGAACUUUGGCAGCGUGGAGAUGUGCAGGUACGACCCCCUGCAGGACAGCACAGGAGAGGUGGUGGCUGUGAAGAAGCUGCAGCACAGCACAGCCGAGCAUCUCCGAGACUUCGAGCGGGAAAUCGAGAUCCUCAAAUCCCUCCACCAUGAAAACAUCGUUAAAUACAAAGGAGUCUGCUACAGUGCAGGACGAAGGAACUUACGGCUGAUCAUGGAGUAUCUCCCCUACGGCAGCCUCAGAGAUUAUCUCAUCAAACACAAGGACCGCUUUGAUUCCACGAAAAUGCUGCACUAUGCAUCACAGAUUUGCAAGGGUAUGGACUAUCUAGCCCUUAAGCGGUACAUCCACAGAGAUCUGGCCACUCGAAACAUCCUGGUGGAGAGUGAGAUGAGGGUGAAAAUUGGGGAUUUUGGACUAACCAAGGUGCUGCCGCAGGACAAAGAGUACUACACAGUCAGAGAGCCUGGGGAGAGCCCCAUCUUCUGGUAUGCACCAGAGUCGCUGACAGAGAGCAAGUUCUCUGUGGCAUCAGAUGUUUGGAGUUUCGGUGUUGUCCUCUAUGAACUCUUCACUUACAGUGAUAAGAACUGCAGCCCACCAGCGGUGUUUAUGGACAAGAUGGGAAAUGAAAAGCAGGGUCAGAUGAUCGUCUACCAUCUGAUCGACCUACUCAAACAGGGAUAUAGACUCCCUGCACCGGACAGUUGUCCAAAGGAGAUUCACAAGAUCAUGACAGAGUGCUGGAACAGCGAACCAAGACUCCGCCCUACAUUCAAGAAAUUAAUCAUUAGUGUGGAGACGGUACGAGAAAGCAAGGACGGAUGAGCAGCAUUGAUUCUUGAACCUUUGACCUGUAGGUCCUGACUCCCUGGAGACAGUCCUCAAAAUAACAACAGGACAAUGAUUACCUGUUCAAAGUCCCAGGUAUACUUUUUUCAAUACUUUACAGGCCUUUAAAUGUAAAUAUUGUCAUACUAUUACAAGAAUGUUAAAUAUUAGCAAUAUCUGCUGGAUUUGUAUUUUAUCAGUUUACCAGUGUCUUUUUAAGGCCACAUCAAAUCUACAAAUGAUCUGAUAAGUUCAUACACUACAUCUGACUGCAACAACAAAAAAGAUUGUUUCUGAGGCCUUUAAGAACAUUUCUGUAUGGCGUAAGAGUUUUGUUUGUGUUAUUUUUACAUACUGUGUUUUAUAAAAAAGUAUUUGACAGUAGUCAUUGAUUACGAAAAUAAGAUACUUUUAUACGAUUCAGUGGUUGCCUUUGCUUUGAUUAACUUGUGAUGAAUGUUCUAGUCUAAAGGUCAUAUCAGUAAAGUUCAAAAAUGGAUGAAUCACUAACAAAAAGUUGUGAUUUUGUCUUUAAGUGUUGUAAAUAAAGAGAAACUUUUUAUUUGUGUUAAGAAAUGAGGCGAGAGAGUAAGCCAUCUCAGUGUUGAACAUGACUGUGUUGUUUAUAUGAAGCCAAACCUCUGAGAAGAACUAAGCAGGACAUCUUCUGGUCCUCUUUGACCGGCAUUAUAAAGACUGAAUAAAUGACCAUACCUCUGUCACAAGAAGACCCACCAUGAACACCUCUACUUAUGUUUUAGUCAGAUUUCUACAACAGGACUCGCUCUGUGAUGAAGGAGCCUUAUUUGAGUUUUUGAAGUUUUCCAGGACUACAUAUCUUGAAACAUUACCUGUUAUUUGUUUACAUGAUGUCAGCAACAACUCCUCAUUAACCUGUGUGAGAACUCAGAGUUUAGUUAUGUCUCAUCAUGGGCUUUGCAGUAUAAUUUUUUUACUUCCUAACCUGUAUAUACAAUGUUGAGCUCCUAACGCUAUUUCAUACGGUCUGUAGUAUCCAUCAUCCGGCUGAUACUAUGAUCAGAGUAAUGGUUUUGUUCUGAAGAUGGAGAAUAAAAAACAACAAAGGGAAGUGCUUUUAUUGUUUCAUUUUUGGACAAAGCUUGAUUUUAAACUUGAAUGAGCUGUUUCUUUCUCCUUUGUUCAUAUAAAGAUGUAAACAUGUUCAUGUUGAGUGUGUGUGUGUGUGUAUGUAAAUAUGUGUUUUAAUGUCAACCAUAAAAGCACCAGUAGUCUCAAAA